UCGCGAACAAAGAUGUUGCUGUUUUGUCUCCUGUUCCAUCUUUAUUUCCUGUUGGUGUCGGGUGGUUAUCCCGUACCAGACGAUUGUUUGGCCUGCAUCUGUAUAGUUGAAUCAUCUGGUUGUCAGAUGCCAAACCCGAUUUGUGAAUAUGAUGUAGGCUCUUUAUCCUGUGGUCCUUAUCAAAUCAAGAAAGGAUACUGGACGGAUGCUACACGUUCUGGUGGAUCCCUCAUGGGAUCAUGGAGGGAGUGUACUGCAAGCUUUGAAUGCAGCGAGAAAACUGUACAGGCCUAUAUGACACGCUACGCCACAACAGAACGACUUGGUGAGACGCCAACAUGUGAGCACUUUGCACGGAUUCAUAAUGGUGGUCCGAGAGGUCACACUCGCGCCAGCACACUAGCCUUUUGGAAAAAAGUGAACAAAUGCUUGCCUUAGAGCAGUGUCAAUAUUGAACCUUGCAUGGAACAAAAAUGGUUUAACUGUUUGAA